AUGUCCUGUGAUAGCGGAGAAACUGUUGGGCACCCCAUGUAUAACCGCUGUGGACAGUUUCAAGGCUCUGCUUCCCAGCUUAGCAGUCUGAAUGGAAAUAGGAAAUCUGCAGUGUUGCUGGAAGUCAGGGGGAACUUAAGCAACAGGCAAUAUUCUGCUGUGGCACCAGAUCCAGAAACCUUGGUGAAUAAUGGAUCCAGGAUUCCCCGCAGCCCUGAGGAAGGCACAAAGGCUGCAGCCUUGAAAGAAAGUGAAGUCCGCAGGGCCUGUACAACAAAGUGCUUCCAUAGCCGUUAUUUAACUAAAACUAGUACGCAGGGAGACGUCUACAACUUCCUGGAGAGGCCCAGUGGAUGGAAGUGUUUUAUCUAUCAUUUUACUGUGUUUCUCUUGGUGCUGAUUUGUUUAAUAUUCAGUGUACUGUCUACUAUAGAGCAUUAUUCUGAAUUUGCCACUGGAACACUUUUCUGGAUGGAAAUAGUUCUGGUUGUGUUUUUUGGUGCUGAAUAUGUGGUCCGAUUGUGGUCUGCAGGCUGCAGGAGUAAGUAUGUUGGCCUCCAGGGAAGAAUACGGUUUGCCAGAAAGCCAAUAUCAAUUAUCGAUCUAAUUGUGGUAGUAGCAUCAAUUAUUGUUCUGAGCAUAGGAUCUAAUGGACAGGUGUUUGCCACCUCUGCAAUAAGGGGCAUCCGGUUUCUUCAGAUACUUCGCAUGCUUCAUGUAGAUCGACAGGGUGGCACCUGGCGACUAUUAGGAUCAGUUGUUUUCAUACAUCGUCAGGAACUCAUAACCACGUUGUACAUUGGAUUCUUGGGAUUAAUUUUUUCAUCCUAUUUUGUUUAUCUUGCUGAGAAGGAUGCAAUUGAUGAGGAUGGAAAGACAGGUUUCUCCAGCUACGCUGAUGCCCUUUGGUGGGGUGUGGUAACAGUCACAACAAUUGGUUAUGGAGACAAAGUUCCCCAGACAUGGAUUGGGAAGACAAUAGCUUCCUGUUUUUCAGUAUUUGCUAUAUCUUUCUUUGCUCUGCCAGCGGGUAUUCUGGGGUCUGGUUUUGCCCUGAAAGUACAGCAGAAGCAACGUCAGAAGCAUUUCAACAGACAAAUCCCAGCUGCAGCUUCUCUAAUUCAGACUCUGUGGCGGUGCUAUGCAGCAGACAAAUCCUGCAGUUCUACGGCGACAUGGAAGAUCUAUGUUACAUCACCGAUGCAAAAUCCCAAAAAACCACCAGCGCCAUCUAGCCCUAGUCUGAGAAAACAGGCUAGAAGAUACAAAAGAAAAGGGAAACUAGGCUGUGGUAGUGAUUCUGCACCUGUAAUAAACCCAGGAGAGAAUGCCUUGUCUAUUCCACAGAUCACUUAUGAUCACACUGAAGAACAAGAAGGCAAAAAAGAUGUAUCUUUCUACAUUGAUGAACCAGGAGUGAAAAGACAUUUGGAAGGGAAUACCCAAGAAAUGUCACGGGCCAACAGCUUCACUGAUGACAUUGAUCUUGCAUCAGAAGAGUUGCCACUGCCAGCUGUAUCUGAUGUGGCACAAUUAACUGAAGCACAUCGAACAGCUGUAAAAGUCAUUAGGAGAAUGCAGUAUUUUGUAGCCAGAAGAAAAUUUCAGCAAGCUCGGAAACCAUAUGAUGUACGCGAUGUGAUUGAACAGUACUCACAAGGACACCUCAACAUGAUGGUUCGGAUAAAAGAACUUCAGAGAAGAUUGGACCAUUGCUUGGGAAAGCCAGGCCUUUUCCUCCCAGAAAAAGGGGUAGACAAAGGAUACUACACUGUAGGAGCCAGACUGAUCCGGCUAGAGGAUAAGGUCGUGCAGAUGGACCAGAAGCUGGAUGACAUCCUGAACACGCUCCAGGCUCAGUUUGGGGAUCAGCCACAGGCACAGAUGUCAGGGCCAGCCACCCCACCUGUCAGACAGCUACAGACAACCUCGGAUUCCCCCCCAGUGAACCGGAAAAUUUGA